UUCAUCCAGAGGAUAUCAAGCAGAAAGGUCCAAAAUGGGGAGGUUGUCCUUGCUUCAGCUGAUAGUCUCCAUCAUGGUUGCAUUAGCACUGGCACAGGAUACUGGCAACUAUACAAUGAACAAGCGGGAAAAGAGGGAGCUGCUGGUGCGUUCCAAAAGAAGGUGGGUCCUGUCCACCAUUGAGUUAGUGGAGGAGGACCCUGGACCUUAUCCCAAAAUAGCCACACAGAUGUUCAAUGAUAGAACACCAAUGAUCAGAAACCACCAGUUCCGUAUAAGUGGAACCGGAGUGACCGAGGAACCGCUGGGCAUAUUCACCAUCGGCGAGACGGACGGAGUGGUUUACGUACACAAGCCCAUCGACAGGGAGACAUACCCCAUCUUUCACAUUAAGUUUGACAUCAUGGACAAGGAGACUGGUAAUCCCGUGGACACGACUCUGGGGUUCGACGUGGCGAUUAAGGACAUCAAUGACAACGCGCCUUACUUUGAGAACCCUGUCAAGAAAGCCAGUGUGAAAGAAAGUUUACAAGAGGGGUAUCUGCCAGUGCCUCUGAUAGCCAUUGACAGGGAUGAGGCGAACACAGAGAACUCCACCAUCAGUAUAAGGGUGUUGUCUCAGGAGCCAGCUGAGCCCAAGAUCAACCUGAAGCAGGUGGAGGGCACCAAGAUGAGCCAGCUCACCUUCACCGGCUGCUUCGACUAUGACAAAGUAAAGACGUAUAUAGUGGUUGUUGAAGCUAAGGAUCAUGGGAAACCAGCCCUGUCCUCAACUGCAGUGGUCAACCUCCAAAUAAUGGAUUCCAACACUCACCAGCCAGUGUUCAAAAACAAGACCUACAAUGCUCAGAUAAUGGAGAUGGAAUCCAAUAAGGAGAUCCUCCGAGUGGCUGUGACUGAUGAAGACACCCCCAACACCCCCGCAUGGCGGGCUGUAUACUCCAUUGUGAAGGGGAACGAGGAAGGGAACUAUAAGAUUGAGACCGACCCCAAGACCAACGAGGGUAUACUGACUGUCAUCAAGGGGAAGGAUUUUGAGAAGACGACGUUGACCAACAUAGAGAUUGCCGUGGAGAACGAGGAGCCUCUGUUUGUGUGUGGCUCGGGAAGGGCCAACUCCCCUAAAACCCUGACCGCGCUCCCCCAGAAAGCGAACGUGGCGGUGAAGGUGAUUGACGUGAACGACCCCCCGGAGUUUGACAAAAAGGUGACUGACGUGUACAUGAUGGAAGAGGAGGAGACAGGAAAGGUGCUGUACAAGCCCAAAGUCACCGAUGUUGACUCAGAUGUGGGAAAAAUCAGGUAUGAGUUAGUUGAGGACCCAGCAGGCUGGGUCACUAUAGAUAACAAGACAGGAGUGGUUACUACAGUAAAGAAGAUGGACCGGGAGUCACUUCACGUCAACAAAGACAACAUUUACACUAUCAUAAUCCACGCCAUAGAUGACGGCCAGCCCCCUGCCACGGGUACAGGCACUAUUCUGGUUCACCUGGGGGAUCUCAAUGAUAACAUGCCCUCUGUGGUGGAGAAGGAGCUGGUCAUGUGUGGUAACAAAGUGAUUGUGCCGGUAGUAGACAAGGACAAACCUCCCUUUGGAUGCCCCUGUACCUUCUCCCUGGGAGACAAUGGAGACAAAACACUGAAGAGCCACUGGAAACUGGACCCUGCCAAUGGUAUGGAGGCGGGUCUGGUCAGUCUGAAGAGCCUGCCUUACGGUAACUACACAGUGCCUCUGGUGAUCCUCGACCAGCAAGGCCAGGUGGGAAAGGACAUUGUCCAGGUGAUGGUGUGUGACUGUUGGAAAGGAGACAAGUGUAGGGCCUCUCUGCCCCGGAGCUCCAGCAUGGGCCCUGCCGCUAUAGGACUACUGCUGGCUGGACUGCUGCUCCUCUUAUUGCUACUGCUUUUCCUCCUGCUGUGCGAGUGCGGUGGUAAGACGUUCACACACCUCCCCCUCAAUCUGCAAGACGAGGGCAACCAGACUCUCAUCAAAUACAACGAGGAGGCAGGGGGCAGCGCAUGUAAGGGUGAGCCCAUGUUGAUCCUGACCCCCACCACUCCUAACAGAGAAGUGGCAGAUGGAAUGAAGCAGGCCACCCCAGGCAUACCGUUUACUCAGAAGACCAACGAGAUGACGCAAGAGACCAAUGAGAUGUACAGAACCACAGGGAGGACCAUUGUGUCCUCCUCAGGAGAGGGAGGGUUCUCUGGAGGGGGAACAUUCCAGAGAAUGGGCGAGGCCAAUGGAACUCUGAAAAGCCAGGGUGGGCAGGGCAUGUACCAGACUACAAGCAGGAACAAUACCAUGAGGAGUAACUCUUCAAGGCAUUCCCGCUCCUUUGGCCUGCUGUCGAACCAGCACAUCUCAGAGCACAUAGACCGGAAGCUGCAUAUGAUUGGAGAAGAGGUGGACUACCAACCCUACGAGUAUGGCUACGAGGGGACAGGCAGCAAGUGCCAGUCGCUGGACGAGCUGUCGCUAAGCAACCUGGAUGACAACCUGGAGUUCCUGGGGGACCUGGGGUCAAAGUUCAACACCCUGGGGGGCAUCUGUCGGCAGGACAUGCAGGAGAGGAACAUCAGGCUGUAGGCACGCACAUGAACGCACGCACACGCACACACAUAAACACAAACACAAACACAAACACAAACACACACACACACACACAACUGGCUGGACUGGAGAUUGUUCUUACGUCUGUCAUCUAUGCCACACAUUUUUUUUUUUUUUAUUGGGGCUUGCUCGGACCUUGCGAAACUGAGCUACGACACUGAUAGGGUGAGGGUCAACAGUUGGAGAAGAGGACACCUAACAUUGUCCAUUGAGAUUUUGGAUCAUGCUUUGCGUUGUAUACAACAGAGGGACAGUUUCUUACCGGCCAAAACCGUGCUGGAUUGGCUUUUACCCACACAAGGAGGGACUGAGAGAGAUAUUUUUGAUAGUUUGGCUGUCUGAAGACACAAUGAAUAAUGACCUCACUGCGCUGAAUAAACCGCAUCAUGCUCGGAUGGCUUUAUGGAUUUCUGUUUUGACAGGGCCGGGUUGUGCUUGUAUGGUGAUUGUUUCGCAGUGGUGUAAAGUAAGUACUUAAGUAAAAAUACAUUAAAGUACUACUUAAGUAGUUUUGGGGGGUAACCUUAU